UCUGCUCACCGCUCCCAUUCACCGGCGGAAAGGCGGAGGGGAGCGGGGCACGUCCGGUGUUGUCGCGCGGCGGGGAAUUUCCCCUCCUUUUUUUAACAAUGGAUACCUGCGGGGUACGAGCCUGGGUGUUUCUGCUCUUAUUUUGUCAGGACAGGUCUCUGGCAUCGCAGUUUCCGACACAGCUCAUGAUUAAAGAAUGGGUUGAUCAGAUGCAAAAAGAGCUCGUCACCCUGGCAGAUACAGCAACAGGCGGGAAGAGCCUUACUGAGAUUUUCCUCCGAAACCAAAACCUGUACACUGUGGAGCAAAAUGACGCAGAGGAGCUGGUGGCCAGAGCAGCUAGAAAAAUUGAACAGCUGCUGCUGAAGAGGUCUGCUGCCUUGGAGAAACUCGCCACAGCUGCUGAGAACUUCCAGAUGGAGCAUCAGUGGAAAGACGAGUUUGAGGAUGAUGAAAUAGCCUACUACAACGCAAAAGACAAUCUGGAUGCAAAUGAGACUGAGGGGAGAAAAUACAGAAUCCGACCUGACUUUAAAGAGGACUCGUUAUUUAAACGACUGACCGACCACAACCACACGGCCGUCCACAUCCCUACGGACAUCUAUGACGGCUCCACCAUUGUGCUGAAUGAGCUGAACUGGACAGAGGCUUUAGAAGAUGUGUUCCGAAAGAACAGAGAGGAUGACCCAACCCUCCUUUGGCAGGUGUUUGGUAGCGCUACAGGCCUGGCUCGCUACUACCCAGCCUCUCCCUGGAUGGAUGCUCGGAAGACACCCAGUAAAAUUGACUUGUAUGAUGUCCGCAGGAGGCCAUGGUACAUUCAGGGAGCCGCUUCGCCCAAAGAUAUGCUAAUCCUGGUGGAUGCAAGUGGGAGUGUGUCUGGCUUGACUCUCAAACUGAUCAGGACGUCUGUCAGUGAGAUGCUGGAGACUCUGUCCGAUGAUGACUACGUCAAUGUUGUUUAUUUUAAUACCAGGGUGAAGAAAACGGCGUGCUUCGACCAUCUGGUUCAAGCUAAUGUGAGGAACAAGAAGCUGCUGAAGGAUGCCGUGCAGAACAUUACCGCCAAAGGGAUCACAAACUACACAAAAGGCUUUGAGUUUGCUUUUGAGCAGCUCUCUGUGAUGAAUGUGAGCAGAGCAAACUGCAACAAAAUCAUCAUGCUGUUCACUGAUGGAGGCGAGGAGAGAGCUCAGGCCAUACUGGAGAAGUACAAUGCUGACAAAAAGGUGAGGAUCUUUACCUUCUCUGUCGGACAGCACAACUAUGAUAAAGGACCCAUUCAGUGGAUGGCCUGUUCCAACAAAGGUUACUUCUAUGAGAUUCCUUCCAUUGGGGCUAUCAGAAUAAACACACAGGAGUACCUUGAUGUCCUGGGAAGACCAAUGGUUCUGGCAGACAAGCAGGCCAAGCAAGUUCAGUGGACUAACGUGUACCUGGAUGCUUUGGAACUGGGUCUGGUCAUCACUGGAACACUUCCUGUCUUCAAUAAAACUAAGACCAAAGAUGAUAAGAAUGGCGAGCAUCAGAAUCAGUUGAUUCUCGGUGUGAUGGGGAUUGACGUGUCUCUACAUGACAUUAAGAAGCUCACGCCACGCUUCACGAUUGGUCCAAAUGGAUACUACUUUGCCAUUGAUCCCAAUGGAUAUGUUCUGCUGCACCCCAAUCUCCAGCCGAAGAAUCCUAAAUUCCAGGAACCAGUCACCCUGGACUUCCUGGAUGCUGAGCUUGAGAAUGACAUCAAAGUGGAGAUCAGGAGAAUGAUGAUUGAUGGGGAGACUGGUGAACGGACCAUUGAGACUCUGGUGAAAUCACAGGAUGAGAGGUACAUAGAUCGAGGAGUCAGGACCUACACGUGGGCUCCGGUCAAUGGAACAGAUUACAGCCUGGCCCUCGCUCUGCCUAAGUACAGUGAACACUUCAUUCAAGCUAAGCUGGGAGAUGACAUGAGAGAAGCAAUGUCCAUGGACACCAUACAACUAGAGCGGUUCGAUGAGUUUGGUUACACUUACAUAGCUCCAAGGGCGUACUGCAAAGAGCUGAAGCUGUCACUCAACAACACACAGUUUCUCCUCGACUUCAGUCAGUACAUUGACAGAAACACUCCAGAUGCAUGUAAUGUGUCCCUGGUGAGCCGACUUAUCCUGGAUGCAGGGCUCACAGCAGACCUGGUUAAACUUUGGAACGAGCAGACAGUGGACGGGAUCGUGGCCAGGUUUGUAGCCACAGAUGGAGGAAUCACAAGAGUCUACCCAAAGAGUGCUGGGGAAGAGUGGACAGAGAAUCCAGAGACAUACGAGUCCAGUUUCUACAAGAGGACCCUGGACAACGAGAUUUAUAUCUUCACAGCUCCGUCUUUCAACACUGAAGGCAUGGUGCCGGCAACUGAGUCAGGUAUUCUGGUGAGCAAAGCAGUGGAGGUCACGAUUAACGAAGUCACGCUCAAACCAGCAGUGGUGGGAGUGAAACUUAAUGUGUCAUUCUGGAUGAACAGUUUCAUGAAUGCUACAUUGAAGCUGAAUUGCAAGGAUGAGAUCUGUGGCUGUAUGAGGAAUGACAAGCAUGUUGAUUGUGUUAUUCUUGAUGAUGGAGGAUUCCUUCUUAUGUCCAAUCAGGAUGAAUACAUCACCCUGAUAGGUCAGUUCUUUGGCGAAGUGGAUCCUGUGCUGAUGAUCAACCUGGUCAACACCUCCCUGUACUCCUUUAACAAGACCUAUGACUACCAGUCAGUGUGCGACCCGGAGAAGGACAGCAAGGCUGCAGCAGGACCCCGAUCUGUCUAUGUGCCUACUAUUGCAGACUUGCUCAGUAUUGGUUGGUGGGCCUCCAGUGCAGCCUGGUCAAUACUUCAGCAGCUCUUCUUUGGUCUUAUGUUCCCAAACCUUCUAGAGGCAGCGGAGUCAGCAGAUGAGGACGUAUCAGAUGCCAUGUUUAAGGAAAGCUGCAUCACAGAGCAGACUCAGUACUUCUUUGACAAUGAUGAAAGAUCCUACUCAGGCGUCCUUGACUGUGGAAAUUGUUCCAGGAUGUACCGUGCUGAGAAACUGCCAAACACCAACUUAGUGUUCCUGAUCACUGAUGCCAAGGCAACGUGUUUGUCAUGUGACCCCAGGCCGCUACGACAAGCUGAGCAACCCUCUGAAGGUCCAGAUCCAUGCGAGCUGGCUCAGAGCCCAAGGUAUCGCAAAGGUCCGGACGUGUGUUUUGACAACAAUGAAAAUGAGGAUGAUUCUGACUGCGGAGGCGGGAGCUGCCUAAGCCCGUGUCUUUGGUCACUGCUUGGGCUCCAACUACUGCUGCUGUGGAUCUUCACAUCUUCACAACACUCAUGACCCUUACACACACAUGCACAGCCACUCAUCCGUUUACAAACUGAUCAUUAUCUCAUUUCAGAGGCCAGAAGACACUCCAGCUCUGCCAUCCAGGAUGUAUAGAGUAUGUGCAAUGAGACAUUUUUAUCAGCAUUUCCAUUAUUUCAAUGCCAAAGGGUGCUCAUGCAUUUCCUCCUCAUCAUUUCCAUAAACAGAGACACAUUUACUGUGCUCAGCUGCACUCAUUUCCAUUGAAUACUUCUUAACACUCUCCUAUGGUGCAAGAGUAAGAGCUAACCAAACCCUUUAAUUCUGCCUCAUUUGUUUCUCGAAUUUAUUUCAUUGGAGGUUGAAGAGUUGUCCACUAUGCCAACUGAAUAUCAUUCAAAGACUGUAUGUUCACUGACAGCGUUGAUUUGUGUAGUUGUCGAUAUCGUUUGUUGCUUAUAUUUAUUGCGUAUGAAUCAUUAUGCUGUAAUGAUUGUUUAUUUUGGCAACCAGUGCAACUAAUAAGGCUAUCCCUUCUGUUUUAGUGUUUUUUAAUGUACUGUACCUACCUAUUUAUCUCUAAUGUUUUAUUUUGUUCUUACUCAGAUUCAACUAUCUUUCUUGACUAGCUGGGUGUUGUAUUGUAGCAGCAUGUGCUCAGUACAGAGCUAAAGACAACACUCUGACACCAAAGCUCCACACAAUACCAGUACAGUAAACAGACCUACUACAGAGAUUCACCAGGCUGGUUUAUUUCAAGAGAUUCCUCUAAUCUUUUAUCAAGUUAUUGAGAUUUUAGAGAGCACCCAUCUGAAUAAAAACUAUUAGGCUCUUACAAUUUAAAAUAUGUUUGUACUUGGUCAGACAGCUUUAGUUGUCUUCGAUUUGAUGCAUCAAAUCCCCAGUGCCUACGUAGUAGCUCAGACAGUCUGUUAUCUGAAUGAAGCAGUGCAUCCCAGUUGUUUUCCUACCAUGAAUGCCAUUUUUAUGCUAAUGCACUGCAGAGAGGAUAGCCCUUUGUAUUGAUGCGGUGUGAUCCGGGCCAAAUCUGCUGCAGUUGUCUAACUUUAUGUGGCCCAAACAAGAGUAGAAACAGAGAUUUUGACUCAGGGGAAGGAGUGAAAUUUCCCCUUCAUGAUCAAAACAAAGCUUACCCAGACUUGAGCUCAUGUUCCGACACCUUUCUUUCUUUUUAGUCCUGUUUCUGUUACCCUUCUGGAUCACCGGACUCAGGAGCCAGGAUGACUUUUGAAUGAGAUCAGCGUUACAAAUUGACUGUUCUUUCUUGUUUUCCUCUCCUUAAUGUUCUCCUCCUUAUGCUUGUUUCCUCUUUGUGUUGCUCUUUAAGUGCUGUGAAGCAGACACUGAAAGCUCAGUGUCUAAAAAGCUGCAAUGUCAUGGGAUGAGCUUGUUCUGUGUUUGAACGCUGCCUAUGCCUGUUGUCGGCGUCAGGGCUUGUUGGAGAGAGACUACCAUUAGUAACUUUGCAUUGCCUUACUUUAUCAUAAGUCAUACAGAUCAUACACUUCUUCAGUGUGCUUUCUUUUUUGUUUUAGCCGUUUUUAAAGUUAAAGUUGGUUCUCUCCACCUCGCUCUCACGCUGACCUGCUGGUGUUGAGUGUUCAGAAUAUGCCUGUCUAUCAAAGUCGCGUGUUGACUUGUGUUUUACCUGGGGGGGUCCUGUGUCUAUGUGCAGGCAUGUGAGUGUCCCUCCGAUAUCUGAUUGUGCUUUAAUACUGUACAUGAAUUACUCUUUUGUGGAACUUGACUAGCCUGAAUAAAUUUUGUAUACAUUUGUACACUUAUACUAUUUACUGUAUAAAAGAGAAAAAGACAGAGAAGAAAAAUGUUUAUAAUAUGGUGUUGAUUAUUGUGCAAAUAUAAUAUAUUCACAAUAAAAGUGUUGUAUUGUUAUGA